GUCGCCGCCCACCUCUGGCGGAGGGGCGGAGGAGGCCACGCGGGGCCAUGGGCAAGCCAGGAGCCCAAAAAUCUCUCCGCGGCCUCGCGCAGGCAGCCCCCCUAAUUGGCCGGCCCUUGGACCCCUUUGGCCUGGUCCCCACGCCCUGCUGAGGGACCCCCAGUUCCCUAGGGUCCAGUCUCCUCCCAGGAUCACCUCCCCAUGCCUCCGCGACCAGACCAGCUACUAGCCCCGUGAAGACCAUCCUGAAUCCCCUGAAACCUGCUCCAAAGCCCCUCAGCCCAGCCCUUGGAUACCACUACUUGGCUAGUAGAGGCCCACCCUCCUCCAGGCCCCCAGAGGGGGUCAGGGCCAGCAUCCCAUGCUAGCUCUCCCCUCCAAGGAUGUGCGUAGAGACCAAGCCCCCACUCUGUCUCCUGACACGUAUCAGCACACUCAUAUCCCCCACCCCCACUGCCAGGUGAACCAGGGGAACAUGCCAGGGGUCCAGAGCACCUUCCUGGCCAUGGACACAGAGGAGGGGGUGGAGGUGGUGUGGAAUGAGUUGCACUUCGGGGAUAGGAAGGCCUUCGCGGCCCAUGAGGAGAAGAUCCAGACCAUGUUUGAGCAGCUGGUGCUGGUAGACCACCCCAACAUUGUCAAGCUGCACAAAUACUGGCUGGAUGCCUCAGAAGCCCGGGCGCGGUUGGCGGAGCCCGUCCGCCCCGCAGGUCAUCUUCAUCACAGAGUACGUGUCAUCGGGCAGCCUCAAGCAAUUCCUCAAAAAGACCAAGAAAAACCACAAGGCCAUGAACGCGCGGGCCUGGAAGCGCUGGUGCACGCAGAUCCUGUCUGCGCUCAGCUUUCUACACGCCUGCAGUCCCCCCAUCAUCCACGGGAACCUGACCAGUGAUACCAUCUUCAUACAGCACAAUGGCCUCAUCAAGAUUGGCUCUGUGUGGCACCGCAUCUUCUCCAACGCGCUCCCGGACGAUCUCCGAAGCCCGAUCCGUGCCGAGCGUGAGGAGCUACGGAACCUGCACUUUUUCCCGCCAGAGUAUGGUGAGGUUGCUGAUGGCACUGCCGUGGACAUCUUCUCCUUUGGCAUGUGUGCCCUGGAGAUGGCUGUGCUGGAGAUCCAAGCCAAUGGGGACACCCGGGUCACAGAAGAGGCCAUAACUCGUGCCAGGCACUCACUGAGCGACCCCAACAUGCGGAAGACUCCCGAGUUCAUCCUCUCCUGCCUGGCCCGGGACCCCAGCCAUCGGCCCUCUGCCCACAACCUCCUCUUCCACCGCGUACUCUUCGAAGUGCACUCGCUGAAGCUCCUGGCAGCUCACUGCUUCAUCCAGCACCAAUACCUCAUGCCCGAGAAUGUGGUGGAGGAAAAGACCAAGGCAGUGGACCUGCACGCAGUCCUGGCAGAGAUCCCCCGGCCGCCCCGGCCCCCGCUGCAGUGGCGGUACUCGGAGGUCUCCUGCUUGGAGCUCGACAAAUUCCUGGAGGAUGUCAGGAAUGGGAUCUACCCGCUGAUGAACUUUGCGGCGGCUCGGCCCCUGGGGCUGCCCCGUGUGCUGGCCCCACCCCCUGAGGAGGCCCAGAAGGCCAAGACCCCGACGCCAGAACCUUUUGACUCGGAGACCAGAAAGGUGAUCCAGAUGCAGUGCAACCUGGAGAGGAGCGAGGACAAGGCCCGCUGGCAUCUUACUCUGCUUCUGGUGCUGGAGGACCGGCUACACCGGCAGCUCACUUAUGACCUGCUCCCAACCGACAGUGCCCAGGACCUUGCCAGCGAGCUGGUACACUAUGGCUUCGUCCACGAGGAUGACCGGACCAAGCUGGCUGCCUUCCUGGAAAGCACCUUCCUCAAGUACCUCGGAGCUCAGCCGUGACCUCGCACCCCAGCCCCCAGGGACCAGCCCUGGCCACCCACAUGGGGAAGCUCAGCAUUGGUCCAGGGCUCAGGGGACCAGGGGCUGACCUCUGCUUACAUGCUUGGGGCUGAUGACCAAAUGCCUGCUAGUGAGGAACUUCUGCCUUCCACAGCUUUCAAGGAGGCCCU